AUGAAUAAACAUAAUAUACACAGUUUAUCUGCUCACAGAAGGGUUAUUUCAUCCUCCAUAAAACCUUCAGUAAGCAGAAUAACCAGUUCACAGUCCAGAUCUAAAUCGAACUACAAAACUCUCAAUCAAAGUCCCUUAGCAUUCAUCUUAGAAUCUGUUAUACCUGUUAUUCCAGAGAAAUCAAAUGUUCCCUUAAAGAUAAUCGAGAAAUACUUAGAAGAAGGUUACUUAAUCAAGAAUCAUUAGACUGUUGUUUCCACUUUAAAACAUGUGUCUCGAGAGGUAAGGAAAUAUUUACAGUAUAAUUUUAUCUAAGUUUAAGAACUUCCUUAAUAAUAUUCAUUUUAGGUUAAAGAUCCUAAAUUGUUGUUUCGUAUGUAUGAGACUCUAAUAAACUUAGAUCAAACUAUCAUUUAGGAUCUUUUCGAUAAAAAAUAAUAAUUGGAUAACUCAGAUCUUAACAAACAACAUCCUAAACAUCACUUUAGAUUUGAUGUUCAAAUUAAAUGCAUUGAAAUACUUAAUGAAAUAGUAUCUAGCAUUUUAAAGACCAUAGAUGACAAAGCUAUUGCAAUAUUUAUUGAAUAAAUUUGGAAAGCCAUAGUGAUCAUCUUAGAUUUGAAUACUCAAUGGCAAUAAGAUCGUUUUUAAUCACUAGUCAAUGAGUAGAUUGAAAGCUAUAAGGAGAGAUUGGAAUAAAUGAAAAGUGAAUAUAAAUAAUUGGAAGAAAAGUAUCAAAUGCAGUUACGAGCAUAUUAAUUAAAACUUGUAAUUGAAUAAAAGAAGAAUAUGGCAUUAAGAGAAGAGAACAACAAGAUGUGUCAACAAUAUAACAAUUUAGAAGAUCAAAUGAACGAACUUAGUAAUAUUGAACAUGCCAAAGGAGAUCUCCAAAAUAUCAAUCAAAAAUUACAUGAAAUGGACUUAAACUUCAUGAGAUUCAAUAAGGAAAUCUAUGAAUCUCAUUAAUAAGCAUCAACUUCUAUUAAGUAACUAGCUAAAUUGUUGACAAUCAAACCCAUACUGCCAAAAUCAUUUGUACAAUAAAAAUAUGAGCAAUUGAACAUCAGUUUUAAAGAAUAAAAACCUUGUAUUGAAUUGAUGGUCAAUCCAUUAAUAUCCUAAAUUGAAAUUGAGUUUUAUCAUGUUGAUCAAUUCAACAAGAAAUAACUAGCAAGUGAUUUUCUUUAGUUUCUAUUCCAAAAUCUCAACUUUUAUUCCUCACAAUCAGGCCCUGAACUCUUUUCCUUAUGGAUUCAUGCUGAUGAAUAACAAUUUGUCAAUAGUAGAAUAGAAUUGUUGAAUAAAUUGAAUCAAAAUAACAAUAAUGACUAUUACAUCAAUGUGUGUUAAUAAAUCCUUGGUAUCAAUUCAUAAUAUCCUCUAUCUCACAAGAUGAUAGAAGAAACCCUCAGAUAUAUCAAAAUUAUAGAACUAACCUUUUUGUAGUAAACAUCCCCUAAUUAAAAUUAAUAAAGAUCGAGCUUAUUUCUCAAAUAAUCAAGUUCAAUCGAUUUUGAAUUAGAAAUUAAUUUAGCAAAUUAUUCAACCAUCUUGCCUCAAUAAUUAUAUGAAUAUGUAGAAUCUUCAUCUCAAUCCAAUAUCAGACUGAUAAAUUUCACAUACCUAGCUAUUGUAUUCCUCUAAUAACAGGAGAGACUGAAAUGGAAUUCCUUCUCUAAGUUUUAUUUGAGCAACAUCAAUAAAUUUAGUUAUCGGCUAGACACAGUUGAACCAUUCUACAAUAUCGAUGUAUUUUUGAUCUGGUAAUUGAUAAUUACUCAUUAAAGAUCGAUGAUAAAUAAGAAACAAGAAGAAGUAGUAUCAAAUGAGGAUUUCUUUGAAUAACUAUACUUACUUUGGGUACACCAUCCUAGGUGUUUAAUUAAACCAUCAAAUGAAUUGUAAUUGAAUUAAUCUUCUUCACCCACCAAUAAGAAAGUUUCAUCCCAACAACCACAAUAAAAAUCAAGUCCUCAGAUCAGAAAACAAGGAACUAUGCAAUCUGAAACAUCUCGUAAGAAAUGA